GGUUACUUUGUGGCUGUCAAUUUUACCAGAGGCCCGAGUGGGUAGCGCUACAUUGUCUGGGGUGGCGGCUGCUACUACAGCGGAGAGAUGAGGCAGAAGCGGAAAGGAGAUCUCAGCCCUGCUGAGCUGAUGAUGCUGACCAUAGGAGAUGUUAUUAAACAACUAAUUGAAGCCCACGAACAGGGGAAAGACAUCGAUCUAAAUAAGGUGAAAACCAGGACAGCUGCCAAAUAUGGCCUUUCAGCACAGCCUCGCCUGGUGGAUAUCAUUGCUGCAGUCCCACCUCAGUAUCGAAAGGUCUUGGUCCCCAAGUUAAAGGCAAAACCCAUCAGAACUGCCAGUGGGAUUGCUGUUGUGGCUGUCAUGUGCAAACCCCACAGAUGUCCACACAUCAGUUUUACAGGAAACAUAUGUGUAUACUGCCCUGGUGGACCUGAUUCAGACUUUGAAUAUUCGACCCAGUCUUAUACUGGAUAUGAGCCAACCUCCAUGCGAGCUAUCCGUGCUAGGUAUGACCCUUAUCUACAGACAAGACACCGAAUAGAACAGUUAAAACAGCUUGGUCACAGUGUGGAUAAAGUGGAAUUUAUUGUGAUGGGUGGAACAUUUAUGGCGCUUCCAGAAGAAUACAGAGAUUAUUUUAUUCGAAAUUUACAUGAUGCCUUAUCAGGACAUACCUCCAACAAUAUUUACGAGGCAGUCAAGUAUUCUGAGAGAAGCCUCACAAAGUGCAUCGGAAUUACUAUUGAGACCAGACCAGAUUAUUGCAUGAAGCGGCAUUUAAGUGAUAUGUUGACUUAUGGCUGCACAAGGCUGGAGAUUGGGGUGCAGAGUGUCUAUGAGGAUGUGGCCAGAGAUACCAACCGGGGCCACACUGUGAAGGCGGUAUGUGAGUCCUUUCACCUGGCCAAAGAUGCUGGUUUCAAAGUUGUGGCUCAUAUGAUGCCCGAUCUGCCAAAUGUGGGACUAGAGAGAGACAUUGAACAGUUUACAGAGUUUUUUGAGAACCCUGCUUUUCGUCCUGAUGGUUUGAAACUCUACCCUACCCUGGUGAUUCGUGGAACUGGGCUUUAUGAGUUGUGGAAAUCGGGAAGAUACAAGAGUUAUUCUCCCAGUGACCUGAUUGAAUUGGUGGCCCGGAUCCUUGCCCUCGUGCCUCCGUGGACUCGAGUGUACCGAGUGCAGAGAGAUAUUCCAAUGCCCUUAGUCAGCUCAGGAGUAGAGCAUGGUAACUUGAGAGAGCUGGCAUUUGCAAGAAUGAAAGACCUUGGAAUACAGUGUCGAGACGUGAGAACCAGAGAGGUUGGAAUCCAAGAAAUUCAUCACAAAGUGCGUCCAUACCAGGUUGAAUUGGUAAGAAGAGAUUAUGUUGCAAAUGGUGGCUGGGAGACAUUCUUAUCCUAUGAAGACCCCGAUCAAGACAUUUUGAUUGGCCUCCUGAGAUUACGGAAGUGCUCAGAGGAGACAUUCCGUUUCGAAUUGGUCGGCGGGGUGUCCAUAGUCCGAGAGCUGCAUGUGUAUGGAAGUGUCGUCCCCGUCAGCAGUCGGGAUCCCACUAAAUUUCAGCAUCAGGGAUUUGGCAUGCUACUGAUGGAAGAAGCAGAAAGAAUAGCUAGAGAAGAACAUGGAUCUGGGAAAAUAGCUGUUAUAUCAGGGGUUGGCACCAGGAAUUAUUACAGAAGGAUUGGCUACAGAUUGCAAGGUCCGUACAUGGUAAAAAAUCUAAAAUAACCACCACGCCAGCGCACCUUGACCCCUGUCCUCCCUGAGAUUCAGGACGUGUUGAACACUCAGCACAGAGGCUGAGCGAAGCACAUGGACCUCCCUGACCCCCUGACAAGGAGCCCCCUCGCCCUCCCGCUGGAGCCACAGAGACUGGAAGCCGCACUCAGGGCCGGGCCGGGUGUCUGCUGACCAAGCCUCCGGAGCCUGGGCGCUCAGAGCCCCCGCACCGCGCCCUCCUGCAUGUUCUCAAGGCGUCACUUCCGUUUCGAGGCUUAAGUCCUGUAUCCAAUUUCUGAAUUCUGCAUGAGGCCUGCAAGUGACCUAACCAUGACUCAGGCACAGUGACAAAAGCAAACUGAUCAUCUCAUUUGAACUGCAUGGUUCAUGAACUAAAAACUGGCUAUGUCAUUUGAGGAGGACACAUAGUUUCUAUCAGCAGGUUAUUUAUAUCCAGUUUCUAUCAGCAGGUUAUUUAUAUCCUGUACAGACAAAGCGCCAGGUUGGGACAUGUGAAAACUGUCACGUUGAUCUCUGACCUAUAACUACAUAUGCCUUCCAGCACAGGUCAAGAAAAGGAGCUUUUCUUUUCACGGACAUCAUUCUGGUUUGAAAUAACAGUGUGAUGGGGAGAGAAGAAGCAAGAUUGUAGGCUUAUGUUUCAAGCUUGAAACCAGCCUUUCACAUUUUUAAUCGUCUGUACUUUGCACACUCUUGACAAUUGCAACACACUGUGGGCGGCACUUUCUCCCAGAGAGGCGUUUGGCUCCCCCAUUGGUCUGUCCUGAGCAGGCAGAGUCUGCCGUGCAUGUGUCUGGGUUUGGGUGACAUCUGUGGAUGUCAAGAGGCACAUCCACAGGUGCUGUUCCCUUUAUUUUAAUUCUUUAAAUCGAUUUUGGUUUGUUUUAAACGGAGAAAAAUCAGGGUUAAACUUUUUUGUGAAAGCAAAAAAAUGGAAAACAGGCCCAAAUCUAAAAAUAGGAAAGAGACUGGCUUUUUCAAAAUUUCAUCUUUAUAGAACUGCCUCUAUGUAACUUCCAGGUAAUCUAAGGAGACUCAGCCUGGAGAGGGUCCGUUCGUAAGAACAUAGCUUAACCCUGCAUCCCUUGGCUUCUGUGGCAUUUUACAAAGGUUUAUUAAAUGGAAUUGAUUCUUCUAAAGGUUUGAAAAAUAAAAUCUUCAACAUACAAGGAAGAA